AUGGGUAAACGCUCGGCUUUUGAUGAUUCAGACGAGGAGGAGCAGUAUCCUGAGGAGAGGCCGCAAGGAACUCCCCAACAGGAAAUGGGUCAGGCGCCCUCCGGUCAGAUGACGUGGGUGCGUGCAAAAAGUUCGAGGAAAAGGAACCCCUCGGGUCAAACCUUGGGUCAUCAAAAAAGGAAGCGGGGAGAUCCUAAGGUGGUGGAGGUCGACCCUCUGUCCUUCAGCUUGCCCGCGAUCCACAAAAUAUCCUCCAUUGACGAACUUUUGAAGGAGGGGUAUGAGGAUCAAGGGUGGGGGGCAGGUCAGUUCGAGGGCAUACUCGAGGGUCACGCCCUGCUGAUGUUCGACCCUCCACGGGUCGAAUGCGCGGACUUGCCCGCCACCGGAGUACCGCGGCUUGAGGACGGCAUGAGACAGAGGUACUUGGGGUCGUCCGAGUUCGCCCUCGGGAUAAACGACAUCAUGGACCCUGUCAUGGAAAGAGGGGCGAGGAAGGCCCGGAAGCACUUUCGGGACAUGAACUUCGCACAGCUCCCCAUCAUGCAACAAAUCACUGGGACUUGCCCCUCCAUCUCAAAGCCCGAAGACAUCCUGAAUAUCCUGGCAGCCCUUCCUUCGUCUUUCAGAUGCCGAGGGAAUACAAACGCCUCCGAGCACGCCGCCGGGACCCGACGAGGAGCCGGAGAUAGUAGGACCUGCACCACUUCCCCCCCAAGGGGCACAACUCUGGAAGCCGCGGAGGAGGGGGCACCUCAACCGACUCCAGCACCAAAAGCGGAGACAAGGUGA